AUGAAUGAUACAGAGAAGGAGUUGGUCAAUUACAAUAUAUAUAAAUAUAUCGAUAAGAACGAUGGUAGGAAUCGACCUGGAGCUAUAGUGAAAUCGAAAUUUCCUCGAUUAAUUAAACGAAAUCAAUCUCAUAUCAUUAAAUUAAUCAAUGAGAAUAAAAAUCAUGUUAAAUUCGUAGGAUUACUUAAUAAUCGAGAUUAUUUCGAUAAGAAAGCUCAACAAUAUUUGAAUGAUCUUGAGGGUGGGGAUGUAAAUGGGAAUAAUUAUGAUGAACGACCUCCUUCAAGUUCAUCCAGUUCAAGUUCAUCCGCAAAUUCAUCACGAGAACCAACGUUAAUCGAUCCAAGAUUCAUCACUAAUCGAUAUCAUGCUGAACAAUAUAUAAAGAAUAAUAUCCUAUCGAAUGCCAAUAAAACAAACAAGUUAAAACAAUUGAUGAAUGAUCAUUUCAAUCUUCUGGAUCAAUGGGUUAAAGAUCGAGAAUUGAUACUGGAGAAGUAUAAUCAUGAUAUAAAUAAUCUUCAAUCCGAUAUUGAGAGUUUGAAUAAUGAAGAUGAAACUCGGAAAUUGGCUACUACUAAACUUCAAAUCUUAGAACAGAAAUUACAAGAUUUGGAGACCUCAAAACUAGAUGAAUUGAACAAGUUUGAUGAGUCUGUAUCAUUUAAAUCCAAGAAAUUAUCAUAUGAAUCAUCUUCAUUAUUAAAAGAGUUGAAUUUACCCUUCUUCAAUAUAGCUCAAGUGUAUAAAUAUCCCACCCUCGUUAAAGAUCAAGAAUACCUUAUUCAAUUCCUCAUCAAACAAUUACAAAAUAGAUAG